CGGGCCGAGUGCUUCCGGGCUGCUGCAGCUCCGGUCCUCUUCUCGGUUCCCGGAGCCGGCGGGAGCGGCUGGGGUGUGCAGGGCCGUGCGGGGCCGUGCUUCGGCGGCGCUCGCUUCCCCGGCGGGCAGCGGCGGAGCAUGCGCUGGUCCAUGGGCACCAUGCCAGUUCUUCAUGUGAUGUGCCAGCCUCCAGUCCCAGAGCCACGAGGGAGAUGAGGUAGCCCUUAGGUUUGAUUGGGGAAGCCCAGUUCAAUGGAUACGAAGUACAAGGAUGACUUAUUUCGGAAGUACGUGCAGUUCCAUGAGGGCAAAGUGGACCCCACCCCCGGCAAGCAGCAGCCUGGCAGCGAUGAGUACCUGCGAAUGGCAGCGGCCACCCUGCUCAGCCUGCACAAUGUGGACCCCUUGUAUCGAUUUCGGCUGAUCCAGUUUUAUGAAGUGGUGGAGAGCUCCCUCCGCUCACUGAGCAGCUCCAGCCUGAGCGCUCUGCACUGCGCCUUCAGCAUGCUGGAGACGGUGGCCAUCAACCUCUUCCUGUUCCCCUGGAAGAAGGAGUUCCGCAGCAUCAAGACCUACACGGGCCCUUUUGUUUACUAUGUCAAGUCUACAUUGCUGGAGGAUGACAUCCGAGCCAUUCUGAAGUUCCUAGGCUACGAGCCUGAGUUGGGGACUUCGUACAAACUCAAAGAGCUUGUGGAGUCCCUCCAGGUGAAGAUGGUCUCCUUUGAGCUCUUCCUGGCCAAGGUCGAAUGUGAGCAGAUGCUGGGGAUCCAUUCACAGGUAAAGGACAAGGGCUACUCGGAGCUGGAUGUGGUUACUGAGCGCAAGAACAGCACAGAGGAUGCGCGUGGUUGCUCAGAUGCCCUGCGCCGGCGGGCGGAGAGUAGGGAGCACCUGACCACUUCCAUGGCCCGUGUGGCACUCCAGAAGUCAGCCAGUGAGCGGGCAGCCAAGGACUACUACAAGCCCCGAGUGACUAAACCUUCCAGAUCGGUGGAUGCCUACGACAGCUACUGGGAGAGCAGGAAGCCCCCCUCAAAGGCCUCACUGAGUCUGCGCAAGGAGCCCCUGGUUGUGGAUGUAGGGGAUGAUCUGAAGGACGAGAUCAGCCGCCCGUCCCCCUCAUUGUUGGCCAUGUCCAGCUCCCCCCAUGGUAGCCCUGAUGACCUUCCCUCCAUCUCUCCCAUCAAUGGCCUCAGCCUGCUUCGCAGUACGUACUUUCCCACUCAGGAUGACAUGGACCUAUAUACGGACUCGGAACCCAGGGCCACCUACCGCAGGCAGGAUGCUCUGCGGCCAGAUGUAUGGUUGGUCAAAAAUGAUGCCCACCCCAUCUACCACAAGCGGUCACCCCCCACCAAAGAGUCUGCCCUCUCCAAGUGCCAAAAUUGCGGUCUGUCCUGCAGCUCCCCCCUCUGUCAGCGCUGUGACAGUGUUCUAGUCUGUCCUUCGGCCUCCAAGCCCAGUGCUUUUCCCAGCAAGGCCUCUGCUCACGACAGCCUGGUCCAUGGGGCACCUCUGCGGGAGAAGUAUGUGGGCCAGACUCAGGGCCUUGACCGGUUGCCACCUGUCCACUCAAAGCCCAAGCCCUCCACCACAGCCACCUCCCGCUGUGGCUUCUGUAACCGUGCAGGUGCCACCAACACCUGUACCCAGUGUUCAAAAGUUUCCUGCGAUGCCUGCCUCGGCGCCUACCACUGCGACCCCUGCUGCGGAAAAAGGGAGCUGCACAAGUUCACACCCAACAACCAGCUAAGCUACAAAUCCACCCAGUUCUCCCAUCUUGUGUACAGAUAGGCCCCGUCCCCACCUUUUGCUACAAGGGCUACACCUCUGACCUGGCUUGGUCCUGUCCAGGUGGCAGAGCAGCACCAGAAGUGCAGACCUGAGCUUGACCAUGGAAGCAGCAGGGUCACUGCUCUGUCACACAGGAGUUCACUUCCUGUUUCACACUGCACCCAGAGACUGCUGUGUGGUCUGUGGGACAGGACGGCAUUUCCACUCAGUCACUUCAGUGACCUCUCCACUCCCUGCUCAGCUACUUUGGGUUUGGGUUCCCUUGAAAGAAAGCCUCUGUCUCGGGGAUUCUCGACACACCUGCGCACCCACUGCAAAGCAAGCUUGGACUGGGAAGGAGCCUUUGUUUGGAUCCUCUUCAAAUGCCCACCAGGAGUGGCGAGCUGGAGGCCUGCUGGCUUGUGAAAUGAGCCCUCCUGCCACACUGGGCCUCUGACAGCUCGCCUCUUUUCCUGCUCCCCUGAUACAAGGAUCCCUUGCCCCUAUAAUAGGUAUCAAAGGGGAACCAAGUCCAGUAUUAGCUGAAUGCCAUCUUGCCAGCUCCACAGUCAGCCCACAGUGUUGGUGAGCUCUGCUUGGCAACUGGAAAGUGGACUCCACAGCAGGACCGAUGUCCCCUCCUGUUUGCAUACCACCCCUUACUGUACUAUACAUACAGAGUUUGAGGUUUAUUUUUAAAUGAGUAUUCAAUUUGCUGUGUGUUUCAACAUGGUGAAAGAAAUUUAUGAUAUGGUAUUUAUAACGGUGCCCUGGGUCCUUUAGUCUUCCAAGGGGGCCGAAUGCCCUUUCCCAGUGUUUCUUCCACUUGCUACGGUGGAGAGAGCCUCAAAGUAGGGGACUGACAAAGCCCAUGUUUCCUCCCACGGCAGUAGAGAGCUGCUCUCUUCCCUAAGUAAAUAUCCACCUACCUCCAGUGUGCACUCGGGGGUUAGCAUGGUGCUGAGGUCUACAGUGACCCCAGUGACAAGGUGGGGACCUCAGCCCUCACAUCUGUAGCUCUGGUCUUGAUGCCUGCUGAGCAUGACUCUCGUACCCCAAACCUCGAGUUUUUUUUAGAAGGAGUUCAGGUGGGGUUCUCUCCACCCCCAUCUAGCCUUCCUCACUGGUUCCCAGGGCUGUAAGCAGCGGCUCUCAGUCGUUUUGCACUAGUGGGCAGAGGUGUGUGCCCAUCAGAGAGAUGCCACUCAGUCAGUUUCCUUGCUUCCUGUUAUAAAUUACCCACCUCUGGAUUUUCCUUUAUGGGGAGCCGAGCGGGAAUUUGUAACUCACUUCCUUGUGAACUGUUAACACACUUCAGCCAUAGACAGUUGUGCUAUCUGUUGUUUGGGAUCUAUGUGCAAGUAGGGUUUUCCCAAAGAAAGGCAUCCAAGCUCUGGAGCAGGCUUGAUUCUGGCCAAACCCUGAGCCACUGUGAAUUUGCUGGUGUUCUUCUAACUUACUGGAGUGAUUUUAAGGUUUUCCAAAUCUUACCAUGGUUCUUUUUUAUCUCUAGCUGAGAGCUCACAUGUAGAUAGGUGUACAUAUAGCCGAGUUGGGAAAUUUUAUUAGAGACUGGCCUCCUGGGCAGCUGUCUUUGAUGUUCCUUCCACACUUCAGAACUGAUGAUACCUGGCCCACUCCUGAGAGCUCUAGUUUUCCAUUCCAGUUACUCCAGCAUUGCAGGGACUCUCAAGGUGGGCAGACAGGUCGCCUGAGGAAGUGCAGUGUGCUUUCUACCAGGAAAUCCUGUGUACAGACUAGCAAGGCCUCACUCCUAGGUGUGUCUCACUAUAGGAGAUUGCUGUGAUCUGGACAGUUGAGUAUAUGCUAAUUUAAAAAUGCACAUAUUUUGCAUUUGAUUUCUACAGAGUUGAAAUGUUGAGAGAUUAAAAAAAAACUAAAUAAAGUGUCUUCCAUUGUUAAA